UAUCUCUUGAUUCGUUACUGUCAUUCGUCUAUCUACGUCUCUUAUCCUUAUCGCUUCUGAUUUUUGACCCACAAAAAUCAUCGUCUGCUUAUUUUUCCUAUCACCUUCCAAGCAACUCGUUGCCAUGUCGGCUCAGAUUCAAUCGCCUACGCCUCCAACCCCCAAGGGGCCUCGGAAUAACCGGCGCCAUCCGAAGAAGACCACUACACCACACACCCAGAAAGCUACUUUGUUAACCACUCCCCCAUCAUCGCCGCCCAGGAAUCUUAGCCCUGGGGGAGCAGCAACCGACUCAUCGACCAAUGUUAAUUUGUCCAAGAAGAAGAAUCCACGAUCUGCGAAGAAACCGCCGCAAAAUGGGCCCAAGGGCUCUCCGUUCAACAAUGGGCAUCGCCAUACCUCUUCGCAAGGACCCACAAAUACCCCGCAGGUGAAGGACAGCCCUCAUUAUGCAGGUCCGACAUUCCACGCAUCUCCUGCUCCCUCGGCCCUUCCCAUGCCCAGUUUCUUUUCCAAGUCGAUGCCUGAGUCAGACCUUGCACCCACAGCGGAGUCGGAAAACGAAGGCUUAGAGGGUGAACCGGAUCUCGAGACCACGCCUUCGAAGCCAAAAGGUCGUCCCCAACCAUCGAGCCAAGGAGAGCAGUCGACCCCGCUAGAUUUCCUGUUCAAAGCGGCAGUGGAGGCGCGAAGUGCGCAAGCACAGCGCAGCCCGGAAACAAAGCCCACGGUCCGUUCUCCCCAAACGGAUUCGAAAGCUCUUCCACAACGUAACCCCAAUGGCUUCGCCGGUGGGAUGUUUCCCAUAGAGAUGGAGAAUGUCGGAUCGCCAAAUUUCCAAAUUGGACCCUCCUUUGCUACAUCUUACAAGGACCGUAUGGAUGCGCUCCGCUCUGCCAGCUCCCCGUCUCAGUCCCCUCAGUCGCUGGCGGAAGUUGAUGAGGGCGAGCGAAAAGCGAAGACCGAAGCACUCAAGAGCUUGUUGCUGAAUCCUCGACCCCAGCGCCCAUCGUCUGCGUCUCCUCUCGUGUACACUCAAGCAAACAGCGUAAAGGAGCGUCCAAACCCCAGUCCGAAUGUGCCUCAUUUUGCGACUCCAUCACGAACGAUUUCGGGUCCACCAGCGACUGCUUCCCAUGGCUUUUCAAAUGAACAAAAGCAGCCGCCAUACACGAAUGGGAUCCAUUCCCCGCUUUCGUAUGCCCGAUUGGGUGGGCCGCAUCCAUCCAUCUUGAGGAAAGAAAUCCCUACCUCGGGCCCUACUUCGGCGGGUGUCACCAGCGAAGCUUUCCCUUUUCCUUCGCCGUACAUGGGUUACAAUCAGCCUGAUUUCCCACCCCGCUGUGCGCCACCGCCGCAGUACAGGUCUCCAGCACCCUACUCGACUGCAUCGCCAGCAAUGCCGGCGCAUUCUUCUCCCCAAGUCCUUGAUACUAAGAAGAUGGAAGACGACUUGCGGAGGAUUUUGAAGCUUGACGUUCAUUCAAGUUUUCCAACCAACGGCGUUCAGAGUUCAUUUGCAUGAUUCAGCGAGCGUGCCUUGUUUGGUCCAGCAGUAUUCGGGAUCAGUAUGCUCCUUUCCUGUUUUUCUUCGAUUUUCUCUCGGACCGAACCGAGCCCAUUUCUUGCAACUCGAUUUCUUGAAUUUGAAUCUGCCAUUUUUUUUCAUGCAGCGAACAUGUUACGCAACUGAUUUUUUU